CUCACUGUCAAGGCUGUGUGGACACUCGUUACUACUAGAGCGAGCAAUUAUACAAUAGAUUGGUUCGCACCGUUCGAAAGCGCAUUAUGAGUCUAACUCGCUGGGCUUUCGCUUCUACUCUAGUAACGCUAUUUUCCGCGUCGGCGUUUGUGCCGCAGCAUAGUCGUAGCAAGUCGCAUCAUGGAUCGGCCGCGACCACGCACCUGUACAUGAGCGCUGCCUUGAUUGUCCAAAAUAAGGGCGGCGGUCACGGAGAGCUCGGCUUUCAGCUCGCCAAGGUUUUGUCGGACAACGACAAAAUCACUUCCGUGACCAUUCUACAAGACGAUGCCUGCAAAGAUUCCGCGGAACCUUUCCAGUCCUACGCCACGGACCUACCGGACGUGAAAGUCGUCAAGGCUAGUCUCGGCGACGAAUCUAUGACCGCCACUGCGCUGCAAGACAUUCUCGGGAAAGACGCCGCCUUUGAUUAUGUUUGGGACAAUGCCUCCAAGUCCCCCAAGGGUGCUGGACAGGCCAUCUGCGAUCUCGCCAAAGCUUGGAACGUCAAACUGUUCACGUACGUAUCUUCCGCUGGAAUGUACCAACCUACGGCGGAUGCUCCCUUUCCCAUGCCAGAAACGACACCGAUCAAGGAAAGUGCCGGACAGAAUCAGUUCGAUCAGUACGCGAUUCAACAGGGAUUGCCCUUGGUCACCUUCCGGCCACAGUACAUUUACGGUCCCAAGGCCAACAAACACGACUACAUCGACUGGUACUUUGAUCGACUCGUACGAGAACUGCCGCUGCCUAUUCCCGGUGACGGGACGCAAAAGCUUUCUCUCACUAACGCCGAAGACGUGGCCUCACUCUUGGCGGCACCCUUGAAUGACGAAGCCGCCGCGAUUGCCCAACGUGUUUUCAAUUGCGGUACCGAUCAACUCGUCAGCUACGACGAAGUUGCCUACCUGUGUGCCGAAGCAGCGGGUAUCGAUAAAGACAAGGUCAUGAUCGAACACUAUGAUGCCGACAUGUUCGGCAAAGCGACCUUUCCCUUUCGCAUGACGGACUUUUACGUGGCUCCCGACACGGCCAAGGAAAAGCUCGGCUGGUCCGGGCCGCUACACUCCCUGAAGGACGAUCUGCAAUCAUUUUACUACGAAUCGUACGUAGCACGGGGUGGGCCAACCAAGAAGAUGUCCCUUAUCAAGGAUUGGGAAAUCACGGUUGGUAGUAAAACGUCUCUGCCGGAAUACGGAUCCAGUAUUUACGACAAGUUCGACCCAAUUAUCCUCGAAGUUCCUGCGGCACCUGCCGAAUAG